AUGUUUAAAAUUCCCAUACAUAGACAGCUUAAGCUAUCAGGAAAUUCAUUUUUCAGCAACAGUAAUCUUGUAUCUUUGACUCUUGGAAAAUACAGACUGUCACAGUUAGUUUUAAAGAAUACGCCACUGGACUUACUCAAGAGGUCAAAGUAUCUUACUUCAAAUACAGAAAUAUUACGGUCAUCUUUUGGGCCUAAUCCAUUCAGAGGAUUUAAGUUCAAUUCUAUUAGAAGCUUUAAGUUUGUUCAACAAUCUCGAACUCUCAGGACCAGUGACACUUGGACUAGAUAUAACAAAUAUUAUGGUAGAAGCCAUUGGAACAAACUUAAGAAGCCAGCUUUAUUUACUGCUCUAUUUUGCAUAACUACUACACUUGUUACUCCCUAUAUUUUUAACUACACUCCUUUGUCAUAUGUUAAGACGGUUCCAUAUGCAUUCGUUUAUUCCAUCAUUGCAGUGAAUGGUGCUGUCUUCUUAAUGUGGAGAGUACCGCAAUUUUCCAGAUUUCUUACAAGAUAUGGGUUACUUGUUAAAGAUAAUAUGUACUCAAGCUGGUCUAUGAUUGGUGCCGCAUUCUCUCAUCAAAGCUUGGGGCACCUUUUCGUUAACAUGUUUGUUUUGCAGUCAUUUGGUACUACAUUGUGUGCUGCAGUUGGAGUGACAAAUUUUGCAAUUAUGUAUCUUAAUUCGGCAGCAAUAUCUUCCUUUAUUUCUAUACUAGUCCCUACUCUAUUGAGAUCUUCAUUGUCAGUUGGUUCGUUAGGUGCAUCGGGUGCGAUAUUUAGUGUAUUUGGUGCUUUCUCCUAUUUAUUCCCUAAGGCACCGCUAGCAUUCUUUUUUGUACCAGUACCAGGUGGCGCUUGGAUUUUGUUCUUGGGAUCAUUAGCAUACAACAUUGCUGGUAGCGCUUUGAGAUGGGGUAGAUAUGACUAUGCAUCACACAUUGGUGGAUCUAUAGCUGGUAUUGCUUAUGGAUGGUGGUAUAAUAAACAAAGAAAGGAAAGAAUGAAUAGAAGAAGACGCUCUUAUGUGUUCUAA